CUACCAUUAGUCUGGUGCUUACCUUUGAUCUGCCUAGUAGUGGUAACCACCAUGAGCUUAUACCCUCACUAGCAUAGCUCAGGGUGAUCAGGACAUGCAAGCUGCUCCACUGCCUACUGUAUUAAGGUUGCAGCCCAGAAGGAAUGACUCACUACGUCCUCAUAUUAUGAUGCAUCCUGUUCUAUAAAUCACUAUAGAUAAUAUUUAUCAUAUUCUUUGUUGACAGAACAAGAAAUAUGAUAAAUAUCACUUGUUCUUUCUUCUUUCUCCAAAAUUUAUAGCAGAAUCACCAGUGUACAUAAACUAGAAAGCUUUAUAUUUUCUUUUACAGAAACACAGUACACAAAUAAGGAUUCAUAUGUUGAGAUUUCUCCAUUUUACUGAUGAUAGAAAUGAACCUGAUCAGGAAAAUAAAAAUUUUUGACAGUGAAGAAUAAAUAAACGAAAAUUAAACAUUAUGCCCCAUUUGAAUCUCUGAAGAAAUAGAGACUCACUGGGAAACACCAAACAGUAUUUCUGAGAAUGCAGGCAUUCUGAUGAAAAAAGUUAUGGAAUACUGUAUUCUAUUGACAUGGGGACCAACCCCUAGUUGCCCUAUAAGCUCUCAGGCUUCUAUUGGGUCCAUUGUGUGCCUCCAUUAUAGUUCCAGCUCUUAAGGAGCCUUGACCUUACAUAGACACAAAACACUCUGGAGUGAGACCUGUCUAAUUUCCAUUGAUCCUAACCAUGCAGAGCCAUGGCUACCCAAGUUUGGCACUGAGACAAUAUACAAAUGGUGUGGCCACCACAUUCGCCUAACAUGAACCCAAUCGAGCAUUUAUGGGACGUAGUGGAGAGGUCCAUUCGCACCCAAAAUCCUGCGCCUACAAAGACCAGGGAGCUGUGGGCGGCUAUACAGACAGCAUUGCUCAACAUCUUUCCAGAGGUCUUCCAUCCACUUGUGGAAUCAAUGCCACGUCGAGUUGCUGCACUUCGCCGGGCUAGAGGGGUCCUAUAGUGAUGGUGAUAACUUGCCCAAAGGAAUGUGUGAGAAUGUGGAUGGAAGUGAAGAUGAUAGCACACAAUGUGAUGAAUAUGACAAGACCAGUAUUUUACCUUUUCAUGUUAACACUGCCUUAAAUGAAAAUCGUUCCAUCAGGACAGCUGCAAAGAAUGAUACAGAGGAAGCAGUGAGUUGCUACUGUAGUGCAUCUCAUACUGACAACAACUAUUCCACUGAUGAGCACACACAUGAACAUGAACAUGAACAUGAACAUGAACAUGACAGUAUAAAAGAAGGUGUGGGUGGAGUGGGCAUUGCUCGUAGUGGCUUGCAGCUAAGCGACAGUGGGGCUGAUCUGUCAGAAUGUGGAGGAGACAUUCAGUAUACAUCAUCAUCACCACCACGCCAUGAGGAUUGGGAACGAUAUUGGUCAGUUAAUGGGGAAAGAAUAAUAUGGCAAAGCUGGAUUGCUAAAUAUGGCGAAUAUAUCAAUCCAGGUUACCUUAACAACUGUGACAAUGCCGCGUUAUCGGAAAGCAACGUUGCUGUGCCAGAAGGUGGCGCACUCAGUCAAAUUGAAGGUCCUCCACUUGACGAUUCUUCAGAAAUCAAAACAAGCAAGUGUGAUUUUUUUGAUAAAGAGCAUACAGCAUUCCAUGGACAUGAGUCUGCCAGCUGUACUUACUCAAGUACAUUCCAGUGUUCGUUCCAGAAUAGUUUCCCAAAAGACAAACAAGAUUUGUCUAAAAAUAUAAUUUCAUCUGAUAGUUUGGAGACAGAUGUAGAGCUUCCUUCCAAGAAUGUGUUGGAUGAUGGUAUCGAUGAACAGUUAGGUCCAGAGACAAACAAGACUGAACUGCAAGGUUCCUUCGAACUCAUGCUUCCAGCUGUCACAAAGACUGAUGCUGAAAGUAGAGAUGAAAAGUUGCUCAUAUCACCAGCUGGUGAAGAUCCAGAUACCAAAAAGGAUAUGCUGAUGUGCAUCAGUGAAAUAAAUCCAGCUGGCAGAUGGAGUCCGUUGUCACCUUCAACUACAGAUAGUUCUUCAGGUGAUGGAAGUGCUGAUGAUAACAAUGUGGCCAGUAGUGUCGCCAACACAGCAUUAAUGUCUGACUCGAUGACAAAUGUGACCAAAAUCACAGUUUCGUCAUUGGAUUUCAGCUACGGAGAUACAGAAGAUUCAGUUCACAGCAGUUCUCUGUCAUCUUCAUCAGCCGGUUCUGGAAGCGUACCAUGUGUGACAGAUGACGCGGACCAGUACUGGCAGGAGCUCUGGAAGCGACACUUCAGCGAGCAGUACUAUGCCCACUACAACGCUUACCUAGCUUGGGAGCAGGAGGGAGGUAAUGAGGAAACUGAAGCCAGCACAACCAAAACUUCACACACCAAUCUACCCUUAUUUCAAGUUGGAGAUGAAUCUUCAAGUGCCAAACAAAAUUUUUUUAAUGAAGUGGAGUCUGAUGUAGUGACUAAGGAAAACUUCGAAGACGCACAAACUCUUUCAUUCGAGGAAGAUAUUUUAGUUGCUGGAAAGAUGGAAUUAAAUGUUGGAAAUGAUAAGAGUUUUAAAGGACUUAAUGACAUGAAAGAAGAAAUUUCUGCAGUAUUUGGAAAUGUAAAUCAACGCACACUCUCAGUUGAUGAUUCUUCAGCUUUCGGAAAGAUGGAACUCAGUCCCGGAACAGACCAUGGUCAUGAUGACUCAGAUCACGAGAAGCAACGGCUUGUCUCCGUUGGCAGCUCAGAUAUGGUGGUGGAAGAUAAAGAAGAUAGUGAACAGGUGUGCACUAUACCAAAUGUUGUACAAGAGUCAUCAAGGAAUAUCGGCACAGAACCACAUCUACCUCCAGUACCAAAGACAGCCUCAGGAAGAAGAAGUAAAUCGAGGCUUUUCAUGGACUCUGUCGGCCAGUUGAUACAGAGUCUCAGCAUGUUGGAUUCUCAGCCGUCCGACCCGAUAGAACCUUGUGAUGAUUGUAGUGGUAGUCAUGGUGACAGCACUGUAGCUGAUACAAAAGGGCAUGAGAAUUCUGAAACAAAUACAAAUUCAUGCAGGCACAUGGGCAGAAGCGCGUUCUCACAGGUCUCUGGUGAAACGGGUUCUGGAGAUGAACCUCCAGAAGAGAGACCAGUAACUCUGAAACGAAGCCAUGAAAGUGACUCAGAGGAAUCUGGACUGGAUCGGGUGAAGAGUGCAUUUACGCUCAUGGGCCUGGCCUUCGCCCCUAACAAGCAGAGCACUUCUUCAGACUCAUCAAGUAGUAACAUGUCCUUGCCACCAAGCAUUCACCGUGGAUCAGUUCUUUACAGGAAGCGUAACAUUCGCGACCAAAAUCGUCAACUGAAGAUGAAUAUCCAUCAGCGUCGAGCACAGAAGCAACGUCAAUUACUGGCUUCAAGUACAGUUACAUCUGCACUUGACAGGGCAAAACAGUUCCUGGAACAGGAAGUGCAGCACACUGCUCAGGAUGCAGCUGUAAAGGCAGCGCUAUGCUACGAUAUUCAUUCCAGCUCCGACGAAGAGCAGCUUCCUGAACCCCCCCGAUCCAUCAGCUCUUUGAACAGGGAAAGACGGAAGUUACCUCUGGCAGCUGCCAUAUGCCCUAGUGUGGAGGGAGACAUGGAUCUAGCUGAGAGUGAAUAUGAGGAUAGUAGUGAGGUUAUGGGAAAUGAACCCAAACUGGACGUCAAGGUAGAAACUUCACCUACUGAAGAAGACAAAGACCAACUGACUGUAAAGGAAUCCAGUACAGAGGACAUAAUUUUGACAGACAGCUUCUCUUUGGAAGAGGAGGAGAAAGUUGUCAAGAAAUCGCAGCAGCAGAAAAAGAAGAAGAAGAAGCAGAAUAAGAGAACAUCAUUAACAUCUCUACCAGAGGAAGUUGCCUCUAACAAAAUACUUAAAAAAUAUUGGAUCCGUCGGUAUCAGCUGUUCUCAAAAUUUGAUGAGGGCAUCAAACUCGAUGAAGAAAGCUGGUUUUCAGUAACGCCAGAGCGCGUAGCAGAACACAUUGCAGAGCGUUGUCGCUGUGACAUUGUUGUGGACGCUUUUUGUGGUGCUGGUGGGAACUCUAUUCAGUUUGCUUUCACAUGUGCUCAUGUAAUAGCAAUAGACAUCGACCCAAAGAAAAUAGCUCUUGCCCGUCACAAUGCCGAUGUGUAUGGAGUCGCUGACCGCAUAGAAUUUGUGGUGGGAGACUUCUUGAGUCUGGCUCCUUCUCUACAGGCCGAUGUCGUGUUCCUUGCCCCACCAUGGGGAGGACCCCAGUAUCUGAAUGUUGAUGCCUACAGUAUUGAAAGUAUUAUGCAACCUGUCGGAGGCGCACAGCUGUUCAAGAUUUCACUGGGCAUCACAGAGAACAUUGCAUAUUAUGUUCCUCGGAAUAUCAACACAGACCAGUUGGUGGUACUUGCUGGACCAGGAGGACAAGUGGAAAUAGAACAGAAUUUCUUAGACAAGAGGUUGGUUGCAGUAACAGCAUAUUAUGGAGAAUUAAUUCAUGAGUAAGUAUAGGAUGAAGAACUGGGUAAAACUCAUUUCAUGUGUUAGAAUUAAUCUGAUGGCAUAUCUUGGAACAAAAUCCUACAUCUUGCAUACAUUUUAUUAUUUAUUGAUAACGAUAUUAGCUUCACGUAUUUCACAGGUUAUGCAAUGCCACACUGUUUGCAUAAAUGUGACUUAAUUGGCGUGUAUUCAUCAUUGUCAUUUACUGCUUUUUUAUGUAUCAUUUAUUUCUUUUAUAGUCAAAUAUAUAUGUAAUUUUAAUAAAAAAUCAUGUAUUAAAA